AUGCAGUCAGGAAUCUCGGCCUCCUCGGAGCUACACGAUGCUUUCAAUAAUUUCGCCUCUGACUCUUCCAUCUUCUGUCUCCCGGUGAAUAUCACUGCAGAAAGUCUGACUCCCCUUUCGCCAAUCCGCUUCUCCUCCCCGGGUGCCUUCUACCCAUCUCUCUCCCAACUAUCUUCCGUCCUCCAACCGAAAACCCCCAUCUACCUUCUUCUCCGCCGUCCGGAAUCUGGGUCGUCGUCUCUCAUUGCCCUGACCUAUAUCCCUUCCAAUGCUCCGGUGCGCGCCAAGACUCUGUUCGCCUCGACCCGAGCAACGCUGGUCAGGGAACUUGGCAGUGAGAAGUUUGCCUCGACCGUCUUCGCCACUGAAGAGGACGAGAUCGUAAGUGAAUCUGCCUGGAAGGAGAGAGAUGCCGAAAAGAAUGGCUCUAGUAAGAGCCGCUCUGAGCGGGAGGAGCUGAUGGGAGAGAAAGAGCGGGAGUUGGAAGCAGUCCGGAGAGCAGAAGACGAAGCCAGAAGCGGCACCCCUGGUAGGGACAUUGGAAUCGGCGGGUCCUUCCCCAGGAGAAACGGUGGGAUCGGAGCCCCGUCCAGUAUGCAGUACAAGAUGCCUGUGGACGACGAGGCGAAGAAUGCUUUGGCAAGUCUGCAGCCGGGUCACUUGGUGCAACUGGCCAUCGACAUUAAACAAGAGACGUUCGUCCUUGCCGGAGUAGAAAACGCGACUGUCCCCAACUCCGUCCAGUCACACAUUUCUUCGUCUUCCCCGCGUUACACAUUUUAUCAUUAUCCCGACACUGACGUGGUGAUCUUCGUUUAUACUUGCCCGUCAGGUUCGUCGAUCAAGGAGCGUAUGCUAUAUGCUAGUUCCCGGAUGUACGCCCUCCAACUGGCCGAAGACCAAGGCCUGAAGAUUUCUAAGAAGGUACGAGUUCAUGUCGUGAUCAGAGGUUUGAUUGAGGCAAUAUUAAUGAUGAUUAUGCAGAUCGAAGCAUCUUCGCCAGACGAAGUCACGGGCGAUAGGUUGCAGGAGGAAGUGAGUCCGCCACAGAACGACGGACUAAACCGAGGAUUCGCAAGACCGAGAAGACCGGGAAGGUAGAGUGGCGCUAUCCUCCAGCUCCCUAUACUGCUAUUUCUCC